GUGAGUGUGUGUGUGUCUCAUCAAGUUGGACAGCGCCCGUCUGUCAUUCUCCGCCGCUGGUCCGCGCACGACGUAUGACGGGCGGUCGCUCUUAUCAGAGGCGACGCCACUUCACGACCGGUAGCAUGCAGGCCCCUCUUGCCUAGGCCCGGGUGCCACCCCGCUGCUCACCGGCGCCUCAUCGCCCUGCUGCUCACCGGCGAAGCCCCCGUGGCCCCCACAGAUGGGCAACAUAUCAAUGGGCCUGAGAGGUCACCAGACUUAAAGAUGAGAAGAACCUGAAGCAUAUCAAGUUGUAGAACUUAUGAAGAUAGAUGUUUUUGGAAGAGCUGUGGUGUAUUUUGUGUGAUCAAUGACAUUGUGCAUAUCAGUUGUAGGCUAAUAGCUACCUGCUAUCGAAACCAUGUUCCGAACAAAAGUACGAAUUCACACAUGCAAAAUUAUAUUAAUCACCUCUUUGGCAUGGAUUCUCGUGGAUGUAGCCAUAUUAGCAUUUUAUUCAGACUGCUUAGGCGGUGGCAGUUGGAAAUGUAAAGAGAAUGAUGAAAAUUCAGGUGUAGGAUCUGCAGCAGCUUUGCAUUCAGAUAGUGGAGCUAUUUCAAGCAACAGCAAAGGUCGAGGAAUCUUGUAUGAACAAUUACAUGACAGAGGGAAGGCUGAAGAGGACAAGACAUACAAACCAACUCAGUUGAGAAGAUGGCGGCCUGUUCCACCAGUCCCUGCAAAUCGGGGUAUGCCAGGCGAAAAUGGGAAAGCAGUCACUAUUCCACCUGAAAAGGAGGCUCUCAUGAAAGAAAAAUUCAAGUUGAAUCAAUUUAAUUUACUUGCUAGUGAUAUGAUAUCAUUCAAUCGCUCACUGACUGACGUCAGAUUAGAAGGAUGCAAGAGUAAAAUUUAUCCAAAACUUCUUCCAAGCACCUCUAUAGUAAUUGUCUUUCACAAUGAGGCAUGGUCUACUCUGUUAAGAACAGUGUGGUCAGUUAUUAAUCGUAGUCCUAGACCAUUGCUAAAAGAAGUUAUCCUUGUAGAUGAUGCAAGUGAAAGAGAACACCUAGGAAGACAGUUAGAGGAUUAUGUUGCCAAACUUCCUGUUCCUGUACAUGUGUUCCGCACUGAAAAACGUUCAGGUUUGAUUCGAGCAAGGUUGUUAGGUGCAAAGCAUGUCAAGGGAGAAGUAAUCACUUUCCUGGAUGCACAUUGUGAGUGCACAGAAGGGUGGCUGGAACCCUUACUUGCCCGCAUCGCUGAAGAUAGGACAACCGUGGCAUGCCCCAUCAUUGAUGUGAUAGCUGAUGACACCUUUGAAUACAUCAGUGCAUCAGACAUGACCUGGGGUGGCUUCAACUGGAAAUUAAACUUCAGAUGGUAUCGCGUCCCUCAGAGAGAAAUGGAACGGCGUGGUAAUGACCGCACAGCACCACUUCGUACUCCUACCAUGGCAGGAGGUCUUUUUUCAAUUGAUAAAGAUUACUUCUACCACUUGGGAUCGUAUGAUGAAGGAAUGGACAUUUGGGGAGGAGAAAAUCUUGAAAUGUCAUUCAGGGUGUGGCAGUGUGGUGGUAUUUUGGAGAUUAUUCCUUGUUCACAUGUGGGCCAUGUGUUUCGUGACAAGUCUCCCUACACUUUUCCGGGUGGUGUAUCCAAAAUCGUCUUGCACAAUGCAGCGAGAGUUGCUGAAGUGUGGAUGGAUGAGUGGCGAGACUUUUAUUACGCAAUGAAUCCAGGUGCUCGCAGUGUUGAUGUUGGAGAUGUGACUCAAAGAAAAUCAUUGCGUCACAAGUUAAAAUGUAAGAGUUUCCGUUGGUAUCUAGAGAAUGUGUAUCCAGAAUCACAGAUGCCUCUUGAUUACUAUCACCUUGGAGAGGUUCGUAACAUGGAAACUCAAAACUGUUUGGACACAAUGGGUCACAAAAGUGGGGAAAAUUUGGGCGUUAGCUACUGCCAUGGACUCGGUGGUAAUCAGGUAUUUGCCUACACUCGGCGGCAACAAAUUAUGUCUGAUGACAACUGUCUUGAUGCCACAAGUCCUGAGGGGCCUGUAAAACUUGUUCGGUGUCAUGGUAUGGGUGGAAACCAACUAUGGGUUUAUGAUAAAAAUGCUCAAACAAUAAAACAUGUGAACACAGGGCAGUGUUUAACCAAGCCAGAUGUCCGGGACACAUCAAUUCCUCUCUUGAGACCCUGUGAUGGUAGCAUAGGACAGAUGUGGGUCAUGAAUAGUAAAUUCAAAUGGCAAGCAAAUUCAGUGUAGCAAUGUUGUUUAAAAACCGUGCAUGAAAUGUUGUUGAUGUCAUCAAGCUUAAUGCUUGUCUUUUGUUUUCAUGAUUAGUAUUGAACUAGAAAUAAGUAUUAUUUCAGUUAUUUCAUUCCAUACUCAACAUUGUUGCAUUUCUGAAUACUGCUGCUCUCAAAUACACAAUAUAAAAACUCAGACAUCAUUUUGCAAGAAAUUGUGCAACUCAGGCAAUAUUAGUUAUUUUCAGUGCCUUUCCUUGUGUCUGACGGAUGAUUUGCUUUCUUUUAGUUUAACACCACUUAUCUUUUAAUGCUUUGGUUGGUGUAAAGCAAGUCUUUCAACAUUUGUCAUACAGAUGCUAGUCUUCUCACUGACAUUUUCUUCUUGCUUGAAACAUAUCUUUAUUGGUGCCUCUUUUGAUUUUGCUAUUACACUAGUAUGUAUUAAAGUAGCUAAGUGUUCUGUGUUCUAAUAGAGGAUCAUACUCUGUAGACUGUCUUUCAAACUUUUACAUAUUUAAUUCAUAUCAUGGCUUUUAUAUUAUUAGAAUUUUGAAAUGUUACUGUAUAAAAUCCUUAUCAGUGUUUAAAUCGCAAAAUUUUAUGAUGAAGUUUUUAUGUUUCUGUUGGCUGUUUGUACGCUUGUUGAUGGCAUAAUUUAAAAUGUUUUGUAGUCAGGCACUCACAUGUAAGACAUUCAUUUACUUCUACAAAUAUAGUUAGUGUAAAUUAUUAACUUGUAUAAUGACUUAAAUUAAUCGUUAUCAUUAGUAUCAAUAAUAUGAUGGUGCCUGUACUUUUGUACACAUUCUUAGUUCAUUGUGGAUAUGUACAGCAAACGAAUUUUAGAGUGAUAAAUUUUGUACAGUUUGUGUAAGUUCUUGGUGUCUAGUGAAGGUAAUGUGUAGGCAAUAGACUUUAAAAUGUUUUUUUCUUGUUCAAUCGACAAUACCUCAAUAACUACUAAAAACUAUUCCCGAGACACUAAUUAUUUGAAAUUCCACUUUUUAUAACAUGUGUGUGUAAGAAAAAUUACUGUGUAUUUGUGAGGUGUUUUUUUUCUCACAAUGACAUUUCUGUAUUUAUGAAUAAUGUCUAAAUUUUCUAUGAAGAAUAUCUGUGAUCAUUGUUGAAUUCAUUAGCCUUAAUCAUCUACACUUUCCUUGGUUUAUCUUAUCCCUUAUGUUCUCUCAAUUUUUAUCUAAUGCAUUUUAAGUUUUAAAACUGAUCUUGCCGCUAUAUUGAUCCUUCUGUUACUGUUUUCCUCCAACAGAACCACCCUGUGAAACUCAUAUCUGAUUUCACCUAAGGACCUGAAAGUGGAAAGUUAUCUCUCAUAACAAUGUAAUGUACUUUAAUGUUGUAUGUAACUUUCUUUUCUUCCUACUCUCUUUAGGCUUAAAAAAAUGAAUUGUACUGAUGCUGUGUAUGUGCUUACAUUUUGUAUGUGUUUUGUCCGAAAUGUUAAAUAUUCAUGCUCUCCCAAGUAUUUUCUUUUAAAUUUAAACAUAUUGUUUUAGUCUUCUUUAAGGUGUUUUUUUUUAUCAGGUGUUACUGUAGACCUAAUAUUUCGCUGUUGUCUAUCACUGAACAAAUAUGUUUAACUUGGAUGUUGCGGAGAAUGUAACAAAAUAUUUUGCAAGGGACUCCUUGGUUCUCGACAUAGGUAAAUAUCAGUCACCAUUUGUUAAGGAAAAGAGUGAUAGGAUUGAACACUAAUUGCAUCUACCGAUUUUUAUUCUUGGAUAUUUUACUGUUCUUUCUUUUAACCCCGCCCUCCUAUUGUCUAUCCCUUCUUUUUAUUAUGUCAAAGGAAAUUUUUAUUGGGCAUGCCUAUCUUAAUAUUUCUUUCACUCACUGCUCAGCUAUUGAAACAUUUCCAAAAUCCGUUGAACACUAAUCAAAUCAUUAACAGGAUCAUACUUCAUCAUCACGAAAUUUUUGUGUAUUAGGUAAAAGGUAGCUUAGUUCUGUAAUAUUAGAGUUAUUAUUUGACCUGUUCUACUCAUCUGUUAUGUAAGAGUUCAAAUGUGGUUUUACGGUGUUGUGAAAAAUAUGAUUCUGAGUAAAGUGUGAUUGGAAUUGGACUUUCACUCAUUAUGGGGUAAGGAGUGAUGUACAUGAUCAUCAUCUAACUUGUUUCUUCCAUUUUUUUGUGUAAGUGUUUUGUAAGAAGAUAAGUUUAUUUUUGAUGCCACUUGUUAUUCUAUUUUAUUAUUUUUAAUUUAGUUAUGACACCGAUCCUGCCAUGUAGUGCUGUUAAGAAACCUGUGCAUUUAUUAGAUUUUAAGUUUCUUGUUGUAUCUGUGGUCAGAAGUGACACUAGAUAGACUUCUGCUGAAACUCUCAAGUGACUCAUACCACUGUCAUUUAUUCUUUGAAGACAUGUCGGAUGUCUAAAGGACUGAAGAUUUUGGUGUAAGUUACUUAAGUCAUUUAAGUAUGCAACUGGUGCAUCUGCCUUUGCAUCACUGUUGGCAAAAUUCCACAGCUGCUAAUUGCUUUGUGUCACUGUUUUGUCAUAUUCUGCAUAUUUUGACCACUUUCCAUUGGGAAUAUCUCUAAUUUUGUUUGCAUGAUUUACGUUGGCUUGAAAGCGGUGGUAGUGUAGCAUUCUUUUAAGACUACAAUGUAUUGGCAUCAUGUGAUUUCUGUGGUUGUUAAAAUUAUGUUGUUUUUUUCCUGACCAAAACGCUCACAAUUGUACAGAGCAAAUGGACCAAGGUGUUAGAUAGCUUGGUGUAGUGAUUUCUCUUAUUUUGUUUUUAAUUAUGUUAAGGUUUUGGCACCAAGCUACAACCAUCCUGUUUCUUCUAAAAUAUUGUUGUCUUAACAGUACUCUGGUCUUAACAUAGAUUCUUCUCAAUUUCUAUGUCAGAAUGUCAUUGGACUGAAUGCUUGACUGGUGUACUACAUGUGACAUUUUAGUCCAAAUAAAAUGGCAGAUUUUUGAUUCUUGCCUGGGUUUAAAAAUUACAAUGAAAACUGUGGUCAAUGACUUAAAUUAUUGUGCAUUUAGUGCAUGCUAAUAAGAUAAAAACUAUGUAUGUUGUUCAUUUUGUUAAAUUAAAGAGGCAAUAUCAAAUUCAGAA